GCGCGCCGUCGAGUCGAAGACCGUGGACGGAACAAAGAUGAAAUAUCGGGCGUCUGUUUGAGGUUAGACAAAGGGUGUCGCGGGUCGCUUUCGCGCUCGUGCGUCUUCACGUCGCAAGAAGAGGAGGAAAAAAAAACGGGGUAUCAAUUGAUUUUCGUGCAUGCGACGUGACCAUCGGCCGCCAUCAUGAGUAAGAUGUACUCGACGGCGAACCUGUCCGACAAGGAGCUGAAGGAACAGGGGAACCGUCUCUUCGAUCUGCACAAAUACGAGGACGCGGCCAGUUGCUACACGAAGGCGAUUGUGAAAAAUCCAGGCCAGGCGUUAUAUUAUACAAAUCGGGCGCUGUGUCACUUGAAGCUGAAACGAUGGGAGUCCGUGUGCAAGGACUGCAGAUGGGCGUUGGAUAUAGAUCCCUGUUUGAUGAAAGGUCACUUCUUCCUGGGACUCGCCCUGCUGGAAUUGGAGCUCUUUGAUGAGGCCGUCAAAUACCUGCAGAGAGCCGUAGACUUGGCGAAGGAGCAGAAGCUGAACUACGGCGACGACAUCACCAGCGUGUUGCGCCAAGCCAAGAAACGUCGAUUCCAAGUGAGGGAGGAGCAGAGAAUUUCCCAGGACAUCGAGCUGCAGACCUAUCUGAAUCAGCUGAUUGUAGACGACGCGAAGCGUAACUUGGCGACUCUGCAAGAACAGGAGACGACGAAGGACUCUGACGUUGAGACGAGCUCGGCCGAAUUCGCCAGGAGAAAAGAGGAGAUCGAGGAGAAGCGAGAUACGUGUAUAUCGAGACUCAAUGAUCUCUUCGCUAAGGUCGACGAAAGGAGACGGAAAAGAGAGGUACCCGACUACUUGUGUGGCAAGAUUAGCUUCGAGAUCCUGCAGGAGCCGGUAAUCACGCCCAGCGGAAUCACCUACGAGCGGAAGGAUAUCGAGGAGCAUCUCCAACGGGUCGGACACUUCGAUCCGGUCACACGAGUGCGCUUGACGCAGGAUCAGCUGAUCCCGAACUUGGCGAUGAAAGAAGUGGUCGACACCUUCCUGCAGGAUAACGAAUGGGCCUUGCAUUACUGAUGCCGAUAUGUAGCUUACUGCCAUAGGUUUAAGUUACGGUGGUGGCGUUGUUCAGCGACGGAAGAUGAAAAUGUGAGUUUUGUUUGAAGAGAUUUUGAGGUGGAUACAACUACAAGAAAUCUCAAGAGGAAGUGUGUAAAAUAGUACGACUGUACAUGUAAAGGACUAAGUAUCUCUUGUUACCGUGAAAUAUUUUUACACGCCAUAUGAGACGUGGAAGCUAUUGUUAUCGAACGUAAGUAUACUAGUGAAUAGUUAAUAACGACGAUAAGGAUCGUCGUUAUUAAAUGUGAGCACGUACAGGUUAUAUAUAUAUAUAAAAUUCCAUAAGUGCUACAUAUAUACAAUUAUUAUUAAUUACAUGUAUAGGAUUUAUUAAUUUACCUUUGAUCAACAAUCUGAUUUACAAAAUUUUCGUUAAAUUUUUUUUUAGUUUACAAAGACGAAAUUUUCGUGAUCGUGUUUUAAAUAAAAUCGAACUUUUGAAGAGUUUUAACAAAAGCUCAAGAGUUAACUGAAAGUUCCAACACACAGUGGCUCAAAGAAAAACAUAGGAUAGUAAACGCUAUUUAGCAUCUGUAUUCUUGUUUCAUAAAAAAAAAAAAAUAAAUUAUUUAUUUUAUCAACCAAAA